AUGCAACCUGCAGCUGCACUAUCUUCGCCGGCCUGCGACCGGCGGGGUUUAUCAGACCGCGCACUCUCCGUCCUAUCCUACCCCCCUAAACCCUCACACAAUACCAACACCCCCUUCCCACCCCCCCAGCCCCUCGGCGCCACCAGCAUAAUGCAGCACCUCUCCAUCAUCAGCGUGGUCGGGCACAAAAUGCGCAACAUGGUCGGCACGGCGGCCGAGAUCUUCAGCGCGCUGGCCAGCGCGCGCGUGAACAUCUAUCUGAUCAGCCAGGGGGCGAGCGAGAUAAAUAUAUCGUUUGUAGUGAGGCAGGAAGAGGCGCUAAGGGCGAUGCGGGUGGUGCAUGGAACGGUUUUGAGGGUGCCCGGGCAGGGGGAGAGGGAGAGUGCGUUUGGGAAGGGGCCGUGGCUGUAUUAG